GGGAGGCAUGUUAGCAGACCCUUUGCUCUUGAGCCAAGUGGAGGUGGAUUAAACGUCAGAGUUUAAACCGAUAUUUAAACCACCAGCCAAGGAGCACAAGGCAGAAUUAGUGUUCCAAGCAGAGAAGGUUUAGUAUACAACACCACAAUGAGGCCUGAGAAAGAACUUUGUGUAGCCAUGGGCAACCCGGAGCUCAGUCUGUUGGACCAGUGCAAGCAGCUGGCGGCUGAUAUCAUCCAGCAGGAGUCUGAACGGCUACAUUCUCUCAGCCAGGACAUUUGGAGCAAGCCCGAGCUCGCCUACCAGGAGCACCAGGCUCACGAUACAAUGACCCACUUCUUUUCCUCUUACCCCGCCUGGGAGGUGCAGCCUCAUUAUAAGCUGGACACCGCAUUUAAAGCAAGUUGGGUACCGGUGCCAGGCGCGGAAGGCCCCCCAAUAUUACACGUCGCAUUUCUGUGCGAAUACGACGCCCUUCCAGGGUUAGGACACGCCUGUGGACACAAUCUUAUCGCGGAGGUUGGCGCUGCAGCUGCGCUGGGUCUCAAAGGUGCGCUUGAAAAUAUACAACUUCUCCGCCCAGUGCAGAUUACAGUUUUUGGAACUCCUGCCGAGGAAGAAGGAGGAGGCAAAAUAGACCUUCUAGAAGCUGGUGCAUUUGAUGACAUUGAUGUUGUUUUUAUGGCCCACCCAUCACAAGAAGAUGCAGCAUAUUUGCCAGAUGUUGCCGAACAUGAUGUGACUGUGAAAUAUUAUGGAAAAGCUUCUCAUGCAGCUGCAUAUCCAUUGGAAGGAAUUAAUGCUUUAGAUGCUGCCAUCUUGGCAUACAACAAUCUGUCUGUCUUAAGACAGCAAAUGAAACCGGCCUGGAGAGUUCAUGGUGUAAUAAAAAAUGGUGGCGUGAAACCUAACAUCAUUCCUUCAUAUUCUGAAUUAGAAUUUUAUUUGCGUGCCCCUUCACGUAAGGAUCUUGCCCCUUUAAAAGAGAAGGCACACGCCUGCUUUAAAGCUGCAGCUACAGCAACUGGAUGUAAGAUUGAGUUAAGCACUAGUGGUCAUGACUACUUUAAUGUGCUCCCAAACAAAAGUCUUUCAAAGGCCUACAUAGAAAAUGGAAAGACGCUGGGAAUGCAGUUUACAACAGAUGACUUGGUUUUAAAUGGCCUUUCAGGCUCUACAGAUUUUGGAAAUGUCAGUUUUGUGGUUCCUGGAAUUCAUGCCUAUUUUUACAUUGGUUCUGAAGCUCUGAAUCACACAGAACAAUACACUGAAGCUGCAGGCGCAAAAGCAGCUCAAUUUUACACACUUCGCACUGCAAAAGCAUUGGCUAUGACUGCGUUAGAUGUUGUUUUCCGACAAGACUUACUUGAUAAUAUCCAUGAAGAUUUCAAAAGGGUGAAACUACAUGAAGAACAGCAUUUUAGUGGAACAGAGACAACCAGGGAAUCCAGUGGAGGGGCAGGAUCUGCAUCCAGCUGAACAAAUUUGUCUGAAUUGUUUAUAUGAUACAGCAAAAAUUUCCCAGCAUUGUGGGACAACUUGUAAAAAGGGACUUUUUUUUUCAAGAAAAAUAACUUUAUUUAAAAUACAUAUUUAAAAAUAUGUAUUUCAUAUUUCACAAAAAAAAUAACUUUGCUUUGAAAAUGUGUGCUGUUGAACGUAAUGUAAAUAAUUUAAUGUGAUAAAACAAUACAUUCUAUUAUUCUGUUAACUUCUCAUGUUUGAUGAAUAGUCCAAAUAUAUGCACCACUCCAAGAACUGACUGUAAGGAAGUGACAGUAGUCUGAUGCAUUUCUUCACAGAUAGAGGUACUAAUACCUCAUUCCGAUGAAGGGAGUUCACACUUUCCUGUGAACCUAAAUAGAGCUAGUGGUUAUCAGGUGACAGUUACUGGGUAUAUUCAUGCCACCGCUUAAUGUUUAUUAUUAUACGGAUACCUUUUGAGUAUGAUAAGCCGCAAUACUACUGCAAGAAUAAAACAAAACUUUUACAAGC